UUGAGCCCCCAUAGUUUUGUGCUAAUCCCCAUUUUUCAGAUUCUGUUCCACAGUGCUUUUCAUCACGGUUACCAUCCUAUCACCCAUCUAACCAAAGGAUGUCCUGUGGAUAAGGAGUUCUGCCCUUUUGAGACGUUUGAACACCGAAGCCUCAAGUUUAUGCCGUCCAACAUUGAGAAAGAGUGUCAACGGAAGGAGAAAAGCAACCGAACUAAAUACACGCAUAGAAUCCGUAAUAAGAUGUGGCGAUUAGCAAUCUAA